CGUGUCAGAGAAGUUUCAAUGGCGUGGCAGGGGCUGACGGCCGAGUUCCUGCAGGUGCCCGCGGUGACGCGGGCCUAUACCGCGGCCUGCGUCCUUACCACCGCUGCUGUGCAACUGGAGCUCCUCAGCCCCUUCCAGCUCUAUUUCAACCCGCACCUCGUGUUCCGGAAGUUCCAGGUCUGGAGGCUCGUCACCAACUUCCUCUUCUUCGGGCCCCUGGGAUUCAGCUUCUUCUUCAACAUGCUCUUCGUGUUCCGCUACUGCCGCAUGCUGGAGGAGGGCUCCUUCCGCGGCCGCACAGCCGACUUCGUCUUCAUGUUUCUCUUCGGGGGCGUCCUCAUGACCCUGCUAGGGCUCCUGGGCAGCCUGUUCUUCUUGGGCCAGGCCCUCACAGUCAUGCUGGUGUAUGUAUGGAGCCGCCGAAACCCCCGAGUGAGGGUCAACUUCUUCGGCCUCCUCACCUUCCAGGCACCAUUCCUGCCCUGGGCACUCAUGGGAUUCUCUCUGCUGCUGGGCAACUCGAUUCUCGUGGACCUGCUGGGUGAGCCUGCCUGUGCACUUGCCCUCCCCAGACAGGCCUGUGUGCUGUGCCAGAGCCCUCCCUCCCACCCGCACUGGACCUCUCACCUGUCCUCCCACCCCCCCCUUCCUGCCCUGCUAGCUCCUCUGUUCUGGCCCCUGAACAAGCCAGCCAGCUACAGGCUCCCCAUCUUCGGUGUACUGAUGCCCAUGUGGGUCCUGACCAGGGUGGGGAUAGGUGUGUCAAGUUCGCAGCCUUGGCUCUAUUCCUCCCCUGUUCUCAGGCCCUCCCCUCCCCAGGUCCUGCCCACUUCUGGGCCAGGUAAGCCUGUCCUUCAGGGUCAACCCUGCUCUCCCACCCUGGGGUGGGGGCUGGCAGUCUGUGCAGAACACUGGGCUCAUACUCUGGGGCCUGAGGUUGCCUGGCCUGACUGUGCCUCCGGAACUGUGACUGGAGGCAGGGAGCAGGCUAUGCUGGCCUCAGGCUCUGGACUGUGGAGAGUGGCCUCAGCCAUUCAUGGCUCUCCUACAGGGAUUGCUGUGGGCCACAUUUACUACUUCCUAGAGGAUGUCUUCCCCAACCAACCUGGAGGCAAGAGGCUGCUGCUGACCCCCAGCUUCCUGAAGCUGCUACUGGAUGCCCCACAGGAGGACCCCGAUUACCUGCCCCUCCCAGAGGAGCAGCCAGGACCCCUGCAGCAAUGACCCUACCCAGGGCCAAGGCCAGCCCCAACCCCAGCGGCCUGUUUUCCUGGCCUCUGGUAGGCCUCCAUUCCACCCCUAACUCCCGCUUACAGGAGAGCAACCUGUCCUGGAGACUGGGCUGGUGCCCAGGGCCCACCCAA